CCCAAUCCUUAUUCCGGCCACUGCAACAGCCCACAUAACCCCCGGCCAUUUGUCAUUUUCUCGACAAACAAGCUCCGUCGGUACCAUCCCCAUCACCACUCCCGUUAUCUCCAUCUAUCAGUCGAUCCAGCUUUGAUUUAUUUUGCCUUUUCAGUCAGCAAACUCCCCGAAGAUGCCCUAUCCUUCUCCAUCGCUGCAACCACAACGUCGCUCUGCGCAGCAUUCCAACAAUACCUCUCCACCGGCUACUCAACAUACUCAAAUGAUUCAACCGCCGCAGUUCAAUGCAUUCCCGACCUCGCCUUUCUCUAAUCUCGCCCACCUUCCGGCCCCUUGUCGCCAACUCCAUCCGCCAAAGUCCCCACUAUAUCGACCCGCUGUGCUUCGUUCAAUUGAGAGGCCUGUUAGACGUGAAAAUUCACCUCUUACGCCGCCGACGAGCUCUGCGGCCUCUGUGAAUGAAGAGUAUGUUGGUGAUGGAGAGUAUAAGAAUGGCAUGGACAUUCGAAGUGCUGGUUAUGGUGGCUAUCUCGGUGGAGAAGAUUUUGGAAUUGUUGGUUUGGAGGAAGAGGGGAAGGUUACGGGUCCCCCAGGAAAAGGACAUUGGAAGCCUGACGCCGAAGCCGUUACCUGUGACGCGGUUAUGUGUGUUAAAAACUUCUCAUUUGUUCUGAGAAGACACCACUGUCGACGAUGCGGCAACGUAUUUUGUGCACAACAUACAGCCCACACAGUUCCUCUCAACCAAAACGCUCGCUUUCACAUUCAAGGAUAUCAAGAAAGGGCCUGUGAUAAUUGCUGGAAUGACUACACACGUUUGCUCGACGCUAAAAGGACGGAUUCUCUGAGCUCUAGCAAUAGCAGCGGCUCAACCCUUAGCAACAACCAUCCUAGCCCUAGUAGUCCUGUCAUGAAUAUGGGUGUCAGAGGCACCGGUCCCGGAAAUGGAAGAGGAAUGGACGGGCUCGGUGCAAAAGUUGGCAGUUAUGUUGGCAGUGUUCCUAGAGAUUGGAGCUGGAGCACCUUUUAGGUCAAUUCAAUUUGGAUGCGGGUGGACAAUACUGCAGUGAGGUCGGCGGAAUAGGCUAUAGUUAUCAACUAUGACUAUUUUGCUUCGACUGGAGUAUAUGUCAACAAUCUGUCACUUGACUGGCGGUAUGGGUUUAAAGGUUGUGCGUUUGUCAUGACAGGGGGGAGCUUCCCCCCCCUCUUUUCCGGCUUAUUGGGUUGAAAUCGGCGGUCUGUGGUGAAAAACGUUGUGUCUUAUUUCCCUUUUUUCGGGCACGAGUUUCUUUGCCAGAUCUCUCACCAGUUGAGCUUCUGAAUGGCUCCUGCUCUGCUUUUACGUUUGUGUAAUUUUGUUCCUUUCUUCUUUUCUUUAGGUUUCCUGAUGUAUUUUCUAUCUCGUCAUCAUCACCGUCAUACCAUAGAUUUCAUCUCAUGUUUCUGGGCAGUUUUUUAUGCUUUACGGAUUGUAUUCCAAUGGGUGUUUUUUCUUUCUUUCCUUUCUUUCUGUUACGAUGUCUUCUGGUUUGGCACUAUGUUCUAAGGUUUUAUGUGCCGUGUGUGUGUGAUUAAAGGAAUUCUGGUUGGUUGGUUGGUUGGUUGACUGGGUUGUAAUGGGGGGGAGAUCGUGGUGUUCAGUAGAUAGGGUGGCACUGGGGUUUUUUUUCUACUCUUUGUUUCUCUUCAUUUCCCAGAGGGGCUGCGGGACAUUGGGGGGGGUUUCUAUUUGUACUCACUUGUAGAGAGGUUAUGGAGUUUUUUUCACCCUUUCGGCCACA